GCUCGGUGUUUUUUUAUGCGGACUCGGAUUGUUUUCAUGGAAGGUCAAGCAAUUUUUAUCACCAUAUUCUCUUAACGCAAGCUGCCAGGAGUCCGCGGCACUUCCUUUGACGUGAAGCAGACGCGUUCCUUCUAAUUAACGACGCAAAAUGAACUGAAAUUUCCGGCCCGAGUCCGUGUAGUGGACGCAGAAGUUAGGAUGAACUCGAGCAAUGCAGACGACGACAGUGACAGCGAUUUGGAUCCCAGGAUCCAGACCGAACUUGAAAACCUCAACUCAAAAACGGAUGAAAUCAAUAAAUUGGAAAUCGAUUUGGAAAAUGCCAACACUUAUUUUCGAAAGUUGCUGAACGAAUCCACCGAACGACUGAAAGAACUGGCCAAAAGUAAUGGAUCGGCUGUCAACAAAGCAAGGCCGUACCAUCAAGCUAUGUCUGAUGCUCAGAAGGCUCAGAUUGAAUGUCAAAAAGCAGCUAUAAAUUUUCAACGGGCGUCAGAAAUCCACCGAGCAGCCAAAGAAACUGUGACUCUAGCCGAGCAGCGAUUUAUUAGCAAACAAGCAGACUGGACUUUUGAUAGUGCCUGGCAAGAUAUGCUCAACCAUGCCACUAUGAAGGUUUCUGAAGCUGAAAUUCAAAAGGCCUUAGCCGAGAAGGAACACCAAAUGAGAGCUGUUGCAUUUAUUGAGGCUGAAACUAGGGUAAAAAAACUGCAUUCCGAGUCGCGUUUCUCGAUUCUUCGAUCUCAAUCGUAUUUUAAUGAAAAAGAGGCCUUUGAUAAGAAGCUAAGUGAACAGAAAGCCAUGGUCGGGAGACUACAAAUCGAAGUGGCCAAAGCCAAGCAAGAUUACAAAGCAGCUCUUGGCAGACUUGAAGUCAUAUCAGAUGAAAUUCACUUUAGAAGAACCAAAGGUCCUCGUGAGCCUGGAGUUGGAGCAGAGCUUGUCAAUGAAAUCAUUGAGGAAGUUGCUGCUGUAAAUGUCAACAAAACUGCCGAGAAUUGUGACAAGAUUUUAAAAGCAGAAGCUGCGAUGAAACCUCAAGAGUUGAUAAUGACUCCACAAAACUUACAAGAAAGUUGAAAUCAGUAAGUUUAUUAGAAUUUAGAUCAAAAGUGAUUCAUUGAAGUUUUAUAAUAAUUAUCUUAAAAUCUUUUGAGAAGUAUUUACAUUUGUCAGUUUUAAUCAAAAGAGAUAUUUGCUGUUUUACAAAAUGAGGCAUAGUGUUAUUAUAAGGAAGUAAAUAUCUCUAAAAGCUGUUACCGAAAAAGAAAAAGAUAUAUUUAAGACCUUUUAUCUUUUCAAGUACAGUAGUUUAAUACUUGCAUAAAAGUAAGGAUUCUAUCAAAACCUGUUAUUAUUGGUUACAUUAACCUUUGAUAAUUAGCUUUCUCUCUGAUAUUAUAGAUUUCUGUGUAUUGAAUUUUUUCUUGCGAUUGAAAUUAAUAAUUUACUUACAUUAGUUAGUGUGUUUUUCUCUGCUGAUUAUUUAAGAAGACAAAGAUUUUGCUCAUCAUAUGCAUUGUGUGCUUUUAUUAGAGGCAAACGAUAGGCUUAUAUUAUUAUACAAAAAUAUCAGCUUAUUUUACAAAGUAAAUAAUACAGCAGAUGUAACAACUAUGGAAAUGUUGUAGUCGUGAAUUAAAAGUAAUUUAUAUUUAUAAUAAUGAUCUUAUAUUAUGCUUGAAGUUCAAUAAAACCAUCUGAUUUCUUUAAAUUUAAAAAA